UCAAGUCUUUUUUCAUUCUGUAGAGAGAGAAAGAGAAGAGUCAUAGCGAUUGGUCUUCAUCUCUCUUCUUCUUCUUCGGAAUCGAUUCGAAUCAAUCAAUUAACCCCAUUGUUGUUGUUCCCUGAAACCCUAAUUUCCAUGUUGUAAGCAAUUAACAACCACUCACUCUCACAGAUCGGAACCCUAGAAUCCAAUGGCUGCGGAAUUAGGGCAACAGACGGUGGAGCUAUCCACCCUCGUCACUCGAGCCUCUCAGGAUUCCUACUCCUCCCUCAAAGAACUCGUCGACAAAUGCAGGUCCUCUGAAUUAUCCGAUACCGAUAAGAAGAUCAGCAUCCUCAAAUUCCUCAGCAAGACCCAACAGCGCAUGAUUCGCCUCAAUGUCCUCACCAAGUGGUGUCAACAGGUUCCUUUGAUUCAGCAUUGCCAGCAACUAGCUUCGACUGUUUCGAAUCACGACAUGUGUUUUACCCAAGCGGCGGAUUCAUUAUUUUUCAUGCAUGAGGGGCUUCAGCAAGCUCGAGCUCCCGUUUAUGAUGUUCCGUCGGCUGUUGAAAUUCUUUUGACGGGGAGUUACGAGCGCUUGCCUAAAUGUGUAGAAGAUGUGGGUACUCAGUAUGCAUUGGGCGAAGAUCAGCAGAAGCCUGCUUUGAAGAAGCUGGACAUGCUUGUUCGGUCGAAAUUGCUUGAGGUUUCCAUUCCGAAGGAAAUUUCUCAUGUUAAAGUUUCUGAUGGGACAGCACGGGUUAGGGUGGAUGGAGAGUUUGAGGUUUUGAUAACGCUUGGGUACAGAGGGCACCUAUCCCUGUGGAGAAUAUUACAUUUGGAGCUGCUUGUUGGUGAAAAAGGUAAGCCGGUGAAAUUGGAUGAGCUGCGGCGUCAUGUGCUUGGAGACGAUUUAGAGAGACGAAUGGCAGCAGCAGAAAAUCCAUUUUCAAUAUUGUACUCAGUUCUUCACGAGCUAUGUGUUGCGCUUGUUAUGGAUACAGUUAUUAGGCAAGUGCAAGCUCUUCGACAGGGAAGAUGGAAAGAUGCAAUCAAGUUUGAGCUCAUUUCUGAUGGUGGCACGGAUCAUGGAGCGAGUUCUAGUUCCGCACAGAACCCUGAUGGGGAAUCAGAUUCAUCUGGUCUACGGACACCGGGGUUAAAAAUAAUAUACUGGUUAGAUUUUGAUAAAAGUGCUGCUAGGUCUGAAUCAGGUGCGUGCCCAUUUAUAAAAAUAGAACCUGGAUCAGAUCUUCAGGUAAAGUGUCUACACAGCAAUUUUGUCAUAGAUCCCUUAACAGACAAGGAAGCAGAGUUUCCUUUGGACCAGAGUUGUAUUGAUGUUGAGAGGUUGCUGUUGAGAGCUAUUUGCUGCAACAGAUAUACACGGCUGCUGGAAAUAAAAAGAGAAUUGGUUAAAAAUGUUCAGGUCUGUCGAACCGCAGAUGAUGUUGUGCUCAAGUCCCGCACGGGAGAACCUGAUAUUGAAUAUAAGCAGAAGGAUGAUACAUGCUACAGCAAGGAAUCCGAGGGCCACGGGGUAUUGCAUGUGCGUGCCUAUGGCUCUUCGUUUAUUACUCUUGGAAUUAAUAUCAGGAAUGGCAGAUUUCUUCUUCAAUCAUCACAAUAUACAGUUGCUUCUUCCGCUUUGUUAGAAUGUGAAGAAGCUUUAAAUCAGGGAUCGACGUCUGCUGCUGAGGUCUUCCUAAGCUUGAGAAGCAAAAGUUUAUUGCACCUAUUUUCUUCUAUUGGACGGGUUUUGGGCCUUGAGGUAUAUGAGCAUGGAUUGAGUACAGUUAACCUGCCCAAGAGCAUAUCGACCAGUUCGGCUAUGCUAAUGAUGGGAUUUCCAGAAUGUGGAAGCUCUUACUUCCUGCUGAUGCAACUUGAUAAGGAUUUCAAACCCUUGUUUAAGUUGUUAGAGACUCAGCCAGACCCAUCUGGAAAAGAUAAUUUAUUUGGUGACCUUAGUCAGGUGCUACGGGUCAAGAAAAUUGAUAUAGGACAAAUGCAGGUGCUUGAAGAUGAAAUGAAUUCAAGCCUGGUUGACUGGGGAAAAUUACGCUCUGUUUUACCCAAUGCUUGUCCAAAUCAAACAACUGGACUUGAAUUUUGUUCUGAUAUUCGCCUUGAGCAUUCUAUGCAGAUUGCAAGAGGCUAUCAUCCAUCAGGUUUUUCAUCACUUGUUGAUGAAGUGUUUGGACUUGAGAAAGGGUCUUCUGCACCUCCAUUUUCUUCACCCUUGAAUACAUCCCUGCCUUCUCAUUAUGGGCCUGUCACAAUGGAUUCCCAUAGUUUAAGGGCUAGAACUUCAUCUCCAAAAUGGGAAGGUGGCAUGCAGAUAUCACAAGUUAAUAAUGUAACUAAUUCAUCUGGUGUUACUACCCGCUAUAGCGGUUCCUUGUUCUCAUCAGGCAGUGUGAAGGGCCCAGUUCAAUCCAGUUCUGUUGGCUCAGUCCCCACUGGACAGGGAAGGGCCACUACUGCUGGGAAAAAGCUAUCUGCUUCAAAGUCUGAACAGGAUUUGGCUUCUCUUAAAUCUCCGCAUUCAGGUGACAUUAGUUCCUCUAAUGCAAUGGAUGAAGAACAGCUAAGAGUGUUGAAUGAUACUUCUAAUGAUGCUUUGUCUAGAACUCGGUCAUCUCGGCUGUUAUCUCCUCCUCUGCCGACUAGCUCUCGAAUGUCUGUGCCUAAUGGACCUCAAGUUGAAUUGUACAAGGCUGCUGGAUCUAGUUCUUGUGCAACGACUCCCGUAUCCCAGGCACUGGAAUCCACAGUUACCUAUGGCACUAGUGAAGACUUCAUUUCCGAACGUGAUAAAAAAUCUCGAAAACGAACAGCUUCAGAUAUGUUGAAUUUGAUUCCAUCUCUUCAAGGUCGUGAAAAGAACCUAGGGAUCUGCAAGAGAAGAAAGAUUUCUGAUUUAUCUGACUCUCAGCUCUCUUUGCCACAAGGCGUUAUGUCCGCGGAAAUGAUAAUUAAAGCUGAAGGAUACAGUUAUGGCAGUUUAAUUGCAGAAGCAAAUAAAGGGAAUGUUCCAUCUAGCAUUUAUAUAGCAGCUCUCCUCCAUGUGGUCAGACAUUGUUCACUCUGCAUUAAACAUGCUAGGCUAACCAGCCAGAUGGAUGCAUUAGACAUCUCGUAUGUUGAAGAAGUGAGUUUACGAACUGCAUCCUCUAACAUUUGGUUCCGGCUUCCAUUCGCUAGAGGUGAUUCAUGGCAGCAUAUAUGCUUGCGACUUGGAAGACCUGGUUGCAUGCAUUGGGAUGUUAAAAUAAAUGACCAGCACUUCAGGGAUUUAUGGGAGCUUCAGAAAGGGAGCAGUAAUACCCCGUGGGGAUCAGGUGUUCGAAUUGCUAACACUUCUGACAUAGAUUCACAUAUACAUUAUGAUCCAGAUGGUGUAGUAUUGAGUUAUCAAUCUGUUGAGGUGGAUAGUAUAAAGAAAUUAGUAGCUGAUAUCCAAAGGCUUGCCAAUGCAAGAACGUUUGCCCUUGGUAUGCGGAGACUUCUUGGUAUAAGAGCAGAUGAGAAAUCGGAAGAGCUCAUUACAAGUUCUGCUGCCAAAAUAUCUGGUGCGAAGGCUUCAGAUACUGCAGACAAACUAUCAGAAAAUUUGAGAAAAACAUUUAGAAUUGAGGCAGUUGGGCUGAUGAGCUUGUGGUUUAGCUUUGGUUCAACAAGUGUCCUUGCACGUUUUGUUGUUGAAUGGGAGUCUGGUAAAGAGGGUUGUACAAUGCAUGUAUCUCCUGAUCAACUUUGGCCUCAUACCAAGUUUCUAGAAGAUUUCAUAAAUGGAGCGGAGGUUUCAUCGCUUUUGGAUUGUAUUCGGCUGACUGCAGGGCCCUUGCAUGCUCUGGCAGCUGCAACCAGACCAGCACGAGCUGGCCCUGUUCCAGGGGUCGCAGCUGCUCUAUCUUCUCUCCCUAAACAGAGUGGUUAUGUGCCAUCACAAGGCCUUCUGCUUGGCAAUCCAACAACAAACGUUGGCCAGCCUACUUCUGGUCCCGGGGCAAGUACAGUUAUGUCUCCUGGUAACAGUGUCGCUAACCAAACCCUUUCAAUGUUAGCUGCUGCUGGGCGUGGUGGCCCAGGCAUUGUUCCAAGUUCUCUUUUGCCAAUUGAUGUCUCUGUUGUGCUUCGCGGUCCCUAUUGGAUAAGAAUCAUGUACAGAAAACAGUUUGCAGUUGACAUGCGUUGCUUUGCAGGAGAUCAGGUGUGGUUGCAGCCUGCAACGCCGCCUAAAGAGGGUCCUCUUUCUGGAGGAUCAUUGCCAUGCCCCCAGUUUCGGCCUUUUAUCAUGGAGCAUGUUGCCCAGGAAUUGAAUGGAUUAGAUCCUAGUUUUACUGGACAACAGGCAAGUGGGCUCGUAAAUCCAAAUAAUCCAAACUCUAAUUCAGGGUCCCAGUUGAUUGCUGCUAAUGGAAAUAGAAUAAACUUGUCUACUUCUGCUGCAAUGGCUAGGACUGGGAACCAAGUAGCUAGUUUAAACCGAGUGGGAAAUGCUUUAGCAGGCUCUUCUAAUUUAGCUUUGAUGACGUCACCAGUUUCUCUUCGUAGGCCACCUGGAACAGUUGUGCCAGCGCAUGUCAGAGGCGAGCUGAACACAGCCAUUAUUGGCCUUGGUGAUGAUGGAGGAUACGGAGGUGGUUGGGUUCCACUUGUUGCUCUGAAGAAGGUUUUGAGAGGUAUUCUCAAAUAUCUUGGAGUGCUAUGGCUAUUUGCCCAGUUACCAGAUCUUUUGAAAGAGAUCCUUGGAACCAUUUUGAAGGAAAAUGAAGGUGCACUCUUGAACUUGGACCCAGAGCAGCCUGCAUUGCGGUUUUUUGUUGGGGGAUAUGUAUUUGCUGUUAGUGUCCACAGAGUUCAACUUCUUCUUCAGGUGUUAAGCGUAAAACGCUUUCACCAACAGCAGCAGCAGCAACAACAAAACACUAAUCCUGCGCCAGAGGAAUUGAGUCCAUCUGAAAUAAGUGAAAUAUGUGACUACUUCAGCCGUCGUGUGGCAUCUGAGCCCUAUGAUGCUUCUCGUGUUGCAUCAUUCAUAACUAUGCUCACCUUACCUGUAUCGGUUCUGAGAGAAUUCUUGAAAUUGAUUGCAUGGAAAAAAGGAUUAUCCCAAACACAAGUGGGAGAUGCUGUUUCAGCUCAAAAACCACGAAUUGAACUGUGUCUUGAAAAUCAUGCUGGGUUGAGUGUGGAUCAGAACUCGAAGAGCUCAUCUGCAUUUAAAAGCAAUAUCCAUUAUGAUCGCCUGCAUAAUUCUGUUGAUUUUGCACUUACUGUUGUUCUCGAUUCUGCUCACAUCCCUCAUGUCAAUGCUGCUGGUGGCGCUGCUUGGUUGCCAUACUGUGUUUCAGUGAGGUUGAGGUAUUCGUUUGGUGAAAGUCCUAAUGUAUCCUUUCUCGAUAUGAGUGGUAGCCAUGGUGGUAGAGCCUGUUGGUCGCGUAUUGAUGAUUGGGAGAAAUGCAAACAGAUGGUGGCUCGAACAGUGGAGGUUAACGGGACCUCAGCAGAUGCAAGUCAAGGUAGGUUGAAAUUGGUUGCAGAUAGUGUGCAAAGAAAUCUGCAUAUGUGCAUUCAAGGGCUAAGAGAUGGUAGUGGGGUUACAGUCAGCUCUGGAGCAACAUGAUUUUGUUUUACUAGCAGCAGUGGUUAUAUUUUGGGUUAGUUCUGUCAAUAUUCAUUUUAGUGUACUAUGGUAUGAAACAGUGUCAUGUUGGAGUUAGCUUUACUGUAAUGGAGAAAGGUGCAUAGGUGAUAGGGACGAUUUUGAAAAAAUCUUAAGGAAAUUGACAUUUGACAGUCAAGCUUAGAUUUGCAGCCACCAUUUUUAGAUUCUUAACGAAUAUCUAUGAUGAGUAUUUGGCUUUUCUCAGACUACUAAGAUUCAAUUUAGGUGUACAAUAGUUUGCUGAUGAUGUAGUGUCUGUUUUAACUUCUUGAGUGGUGGCUUUUGUUGUACAGAUAGAUUACAUAUCAAAUGAAUAGAUUAGUAAAGGAAUUUUGUUGUGCUA